UGCGUGUGUGCGUGCGUGUGUGCGUGUGUGUGUGAGCGAGAGACCCGUGUAACACUACUCGGAUCUGCACACGGAGGACUAGUUGGUUUGGACACUUGAGUUACAGGCGCUCAGAACACCAUGACGUGCGCAAGGAGUCAGGUGCAAACGGCGAGUGCGCUCGGUUGCAUGGUCUUCACGAUAACUCCAGUCGGUUAGAUCUCUCUCAGAAGGAUAAUAACAAAAGAAAGCUAAUAAUAGCGGCCAAACACUUUGACGACGUAUUGACUCCUAUAUUGGACUUAGAGAGGGAUAAAGCAUGAUGGUUGUAUAAGGAACGGGUGCCUUUUGGCGCUGUAUAAAUCACAGAAGGUGCCUUUUUCAGUACUUUACAAACACCUGUCAACAAUUGGAAGAUGAAGUUUGGGAAGAGCAUCUGUAUCCUUAAUGUGGGUGGCACAAAAUAUGCGUUCCCUAAGGAUGUGAUAAAGGAUUUCCCUCUGAGCAGAGUGAGCCGUUUGCACAAAUGCGCAUCGGAGAAAGAAGUACUGGAAGUGUGUGACGACUAUGAUCGGGAACGGAAUGAGUUUUUCUUCGAUAGGCACUCCGAGGCUUUUUGUUUCAUCAUGCUGUACGUGAAGUAUGGAAAGCUACGGUUCGUCCCGCAGAUGUGCGAGCUAUCAUUCUAUAACGAAAUGAUUUACUGGGGGCUGGAGAGCUCACACUUGGAGUUUUGCUGCCAGCGGAGACUGGACAAUAAGAUGUCCGACUCGUAUAUUCAUUUCUCCGAGGAGGAAGUCAAACUCGAGGAAGAGUUGAAGGGCGAGAAUUUGGUGACUCGCGUGGUCACGGAGAGAGAGGAGUCCAAGUGGCUGGAGAGAAUGAGAAGUACUUUUGAGGAGCCGACUUCAUCAGUCGCAGCACAAAUCCUGGCCUCCGUGUCCGUUAUAUUUGUUUUAGUGUCCAUGGUGAUGCUUUGUGUGAGUACUUUGCCAGAUUGGAAAACCGCUGAGAACAACAGCGUGGAGGAACACCGGUACAAUCCAGACUCUUUAGAGCAUCCAUCCGGGAUCAUCGAGGCUGUGUGUAUCGGCUGGUUCACCGCUGAGUGCAUUGUGCGCUUCAUCGUGUCGCGGGACAAGUGUGAGUUUGUCAAACGGCCCCUCAACAUCAUCGACCUACUGGCCAUUACACCCUACUACAUCUCCAUCUCCAUGACGAUGCUGACAGGGGAGAACUCCCAGCUUCAGCGGGCGGGCGUCACCCUGCGUGUUCUGCGCAUGAUGCGCAUCUUCUGGGUGAUCAAGCUGGCCCGACACUUCCUGGGCCUGCAGACUCUGGGGCUAACGCUGAGUCGCUGCUACCGGGAAAUGGUGAUGCUGCUGCUGUUUAUCUGCGUGCCUAUGGCCAUCUUCAGUGCUCUAGCCCAGCUGCUGGAGCAUGGCCUGGACCUGGAGUCGCCGAAUGAGGACUACGCCAGCAUUCCAGCCGCCUGUUGGUGGGUUAUUAUCUCCAUGACCACUGUGGGCUAUGGAGACAUGUACCCCAUCACUGUGCCUGGGCGAGUGCUGGGUGGCCUGUGCGUGGUGAGCGGCAUCGUGCUCCUGGCACUGCCCAUCACCUUCAUCUACCACAGCUUCGUGCAGUGCUACCAUGAGCUCAAGUUCCGCUCGGCCCGCUGCACGCGGAGCCUGUCCGCAGAGUUUCUCGACUGAGGGAUCCCUGAUGUCGCUACCCCCCCUGACAACUCUUCAGAGACCUCCAUCCACCCUGGAAGUGUGCAUCGAUCGGAAACAUGGCCUCUAUCAUUGGUCUCACACUUUAUUUAACGUAUUUUGUUGAUUUAUCCCUCAUCUUGGAACAUCAGUAUGAGGGGUUAUGUGUUUUGAGGAUUGCAUAUAGCACAGCCUUCUUCAAUAGUCAAUUCCAAAUAGGAAGUAACGGAACCCGAUGGGGACAAGGACUGUUUCCACGGCUGCCAUGGUGACAGUGGUGUUCGGGGCAGAUGUCCCUGACAGGAUGUCAUCGUUGGAGGGCAGCUGGAUGGUGUCAAACCAGACAGAGGCCUUCAUAUUACUGUGGAUUAUACAGAAUUUAGCCAGUCUCACAGUACAACCUUCUUCUCACAUGGCGACAUGCCACAAAAGAGAUUUGAGUUUUAAUGCAAUUUUCAAUCCCACACUUCUGGCAAUGUCACAGUGUGAGGAUGGAAGGUAACAUUUCUCUUCUCUUUCAUCAAUCAUUUAUUUCUAGUGUUCCUGUGGCCAGUCAGUGAACAACAAUGCAUAACCAAGAACCAAAGCGUAUGAGUACAGUGAACACUGUUCCCUUUAAUCUUUUACUUCAACGCUCGCGCUUCCCCUUUUAUUUUGCGUAGGCAAACCUGACAAAUAUAAAAACACAACACACACUGUGAAUUUGAAUGAGCCCAUUUACAACUCAAACAAGGUCACAUUCUAAACCUAUUAACCAUUCCACCUGAAAGCCAAACCAAUGCAAAGUGGUUUUGAAAGGUAUUUUUUUCGCAGAAACCAAGAGAGGGGGUGGGAGGGGUUGAACAAGAAAGAGUACAGUACCGUAUGGGUCUGUCAGCUCAGCUGUGUAGGCAGGUCUUUAAUGUGGAACACGGAGCCACAGAGCGAGAGUGUGUCAUGGAGAAACUGGUGGUUCGGCUGACAUCACACAGUGCAGUAAGGAGAGGGCAUGUCUGCCUCAGCCUCGUGAGCGCUGCGGGUCUUCUGACUGGAGGAGUGGAACCAUUUGUGGCUGGUGUCAAAACCUUGGUAGCCUCUUCCUGUCACAACAAAGGCACUCGGCACAACCACCACAGCCUUGGUAGGCACUCCUCUCAAUGUUGUUGUCUGGCCCACCCGCUUCUCCUUGACACUCUGUCGACGCCAUGUUUGGGUGGCUUGUGUGACGCAUUCGGCCUCCUUUCCUGCCAGAGUGAAUUUGGGUGUCUCUGAAAAGCUUUUAUCAUGCCUUCACUAAUUUCUUUCGUGGGGAAUUGGGAAUGGGGUCAUCGUGUGUUCUCUUCAUAUCAGCCGGGUUCAGGCUACACUACCUGUUAUCACUAACAAGCACCAUCUCUGUUUUUCCCAGAUUGUGCAUAGAUGUGUUUGCUCUAGGACUGGGUUUUCAUGUUCGCUAACAGAAUCUGUAAAUGUAAUAUUGUAAAGGGUUUGCUCUCUGAAAAAAACCCAAUCUGUUCUUGACCUCAUUUUAUCUGAAUUCUAUUUUCAACCAAAGCAGUUUUAUAUCUUCCAGAAGCACUUUUUAUAGUAGGAGCAGAAAAUGAAAGUUCAUCAAGGUAACGAUUAAUGUAUAUGAGUGUUAUUGUCAGAGUGCUCUAUUUGAUGUGAUAGAUAUUGACUGCCGGGACUCACAGUCUAAUUGUACUAGUGACGCUGGUUCUUUUGACACAGAUUUAGUUCCUUUGCUUUGUCCUCAGUGUUAUAGUUUCCACUAGCUGCAGACAGCCCCAUCUGCUCUCUCUGAUCUACCCCCGCUUUCACUUGGCUGUUUUCCAAACCCAGUAGUCACAAUGCUUUAACUGUGUGGAAUGCUGAUAGGAUACGAUUGAUUAAAACUGUUAUUUCAGAACUUUGGGCAUCAGGGUCUUGGAAGAAGAGAAGGCUUGACUAGACUUAAUCGACUUUGAAAAUGUUAGAUUUGCAUUUAUAUUAGUAUGCAGGAUGGUGUUGUUCAGAGGUAUUGGAAGAAUUGUAUUGCAAGAGCCUGUCAUCUAAGCAUUCCUUCCUAUUCUCACUACAACUUCCCUGGAGGAAAACCAAUUUCAUUAAAACUUCAACAACUCCCAACAGGGGGAGUUUGCAAUUCCAACGGCCCUAAUAUCUCAAUGCCGACGAUGAACUCAAACCAACAGGUGCAAUAUCACACCAAAGAGCCUGAGAGUAAACAACUUGAGUUUUCACUUUGAGUAUGUGAGCAAACAAUGAGUUUUGAACGAGAAGGGAGCUAGCAGCAACAUGUCGCCUAUCUCUGUAAGAGCCUCCUUACCAACAGAAAUAAUUUCCUAUCACUUACUCUUGUCAUCCUUCACACGACAAACAUGGUAUAUUAUCUCUGCUCUGGUUUAUAAACUCAUAGAAAGUCACAUUGCUCCACAGCAAUUAGGACUUGUAUAUCUGACCAGCCUACGUUUCCUUAACAUAAAUCCACAUCAAUCAGAUCUCCCUGGAUUCUACUCCAAUUUAGUGAAAAAUGUCCACCACAUUCAUCAGGGAUUCUAACUGCUACAGGGGUAACUGAGACUCUUAACACCAUCGAUGGGACCACAAGCUGGAGAUUCUCUAACCAUAUUCUGUCCCUCUUCUUCUUCGUCUAUCUUUCUGUCUGCCUGGCUCUUUUUUUUCUUUCCCUCUCUCUCACAUACACACACACACACACACACACACACUCUCUCUCACACACACACAUAGGUGAGCGUUUUGUGAGUGGUUUUUCUCUUGGAGAGCUCCAUUUUAAUAACAUGGGUAAACAAGAGAGUGGAUUUGACUUUUAUUUUGCCAAUCCAAACUGCACAUAUGUAUAAUGAAACGUCAGAAAGGUCAUCAUAAAUGACAUUAUGAAUAAAUCAAUUGACACACAAAAAGGGGAUUAUAAAUCAGGCAAUAAAAACUACUUUUGAGAAGAUUAAACAUUGUUCACUGGUUAUGAAAUCAUUGUGUGACCUAUUUAAUGUCUGUCUGACUGACACCCUGUCACUUGUGACAUCGCUCUUCUCAAUGAAAUACUAAAAUAGUCCAUGCCCCACUCAGUGCAAUCUUGAUAUUUUGACCAGGACAAUAUUAUGUGAGUAUCUCUGUUUUCUUCAGAAUAUGUAUUUUGACAAAGGACUGAAACUGAAAAUGAACUGUUCUGGAAAAGUUACUGUUGUGUUGAGGAUCAGGAAUAAGGCAAUUGGAUGUUGUUUGGAACAAAUGUUGUAUUUCUUAAAUCAGUUUUUCAGAAUAAGUGCAGAAUAUUUUCACUGCUCUUAAACACUUUAGGACAGUUUUCUAUGCUCACAGUGGAUGUAGUUGGGGCAAAAGUGGGCCCACAUUUGUUACAAUGGAAAUAGUUCAAGAGAAAAAUACCUAAUUAUUAUUUGAAAAGUUUGUACAUUUUCUACAAGACUUAAAAUAUGACUUAUACUCACAUAAAUAGAGGACCUGCUACUUCUGGAUACUGUACUUUGUCGCACCCAAACACCUUAUGUGGGCAUCUCUAGCUUAUUGCUGCUUCAAUAGAAUGUACAAGUGCAACCGUGCAUAUAUCUCUUGAAGAAAUGGUUGUGUUUCUGCAAGCCAUAGUUUUUUUCCCUUAUUUUUUAUGGAACCAGCUAUUUUGUAUAGAGCUUAUGUUGUUUACAGAUAGACUUGUUGUUUUUAAAUAAAGAAAAUCUAAGUCUAA